AAGUCACCCGUCUCAUUCCAGCCGGAGGUCCCGGACAGAUGACAAGGCUCUAAGGCUGUAUGUCUCAUUCAGGGUCUAGCCGUGCCCGCUCUUAUUGGCCCGGACGCUUCACGCCGCGAUUACUGCGCCCCCGCAUGUCUCUCUCUCCGCUCGCUAUCGAUGCGGUGUUUGCCCGCCAUUGAUGGGAGGAAUGUCUCACUUCGGGCUUGUGCUUCGCAGAUCCAUACCCCUCAAUGACCUAGUAUAGCAAACAGGCGUGAUGUCAAUGAUUGUGUUUCUAUUCAGAGCAUCAGGCCUCCCAUGUCUAUACCUCAGUUAUGGAGCCUUGGCCGCCUUGGGUAGGCAAGGCCUCCCGGGUAUUCUCAUUGCCAUUUCACCGCUACUGCAGCUUCAAGUGAAGAGAAAGAGGGGAAAGAAAGGAUAUAAGUAGCUAGACAAUCUCCUGCACAUCCUUCUCUUUAACUCACAUCAAACAUUCAUUCUUCACUCCUCAAGAGUAAACCACUACUACCAAACACACUCUCAUCUAUAGCUCACGAGUACCUGCAUCACUCAUCUACCACAAUGAAGACCUUCACCACCGUCACCUCUCUCCUCGCUCUCUUCUCCUCGGCCCUGGCCGCACCCGUCGACACCGCUGAAGCCGCCGGCACCACCGUCUCUGUCUCAUACGACACUGCCUACGAUGUCUCUGGAGCUUCCUUGACCACCGUCUCCUGCUCGGACGGUGCCAACGGCCUGAUCAACAAGGGCUACUCCAACUUCGGCUCCCUUCCGGGCUUCCCCAAGAUUGGAGGCGCCCCUACCAUUGCAGGCUGGAACUCUCCCAACUGCGGCAAGUGCUACGCCCUGACGUACAACGGCCAGACAGUCAACAUUCUGGCCAUUGAUUCCGCACCUGGUGGCUUCAACAUCGCUCUGGAGGCCAUGAACACCCUCACCAACAACCAGGCCCAGCAGCUGGGUCGUAUCGAAGCUACCUAUACUGAGGUGGAUGUCAGCCUUUGCACAUAAACGCCAAACAUUCAGCAAAUGCUUGGGGGAUGAAUUCGGUCAUGGCAAGGAAUGGUUAUAGUUGGAUAUGAUUUCGGGAUUUACGAUUGAUACGCUUAUUUGGGAUACUUUCCUUUAUCUUACCUAUUGUUAAUAGCAUAAUACGGAGCAUAACAUACGUACAUACACACACAUCAAUAUAGUGAUAUAUGAACUUGAAUACAGAGCUUUUUUAAAAUGAAA